AUGCCGUCUCCAGGACGUAAACGAAGAAAAAUGAAUGCCGAGUUUUGUGAUAAAAGGAUACAAGGAUUGAGAGAUGUAUAUAUUGUUGCUGCUGUGCGCACUCCUAUUGGUGGUUAUCGUAAGAUGUUAAAAAAUUGUUCACCUGUUUAUUUAGGAGUGAUUGCAACGAAAGAAGUGAUUAAAAAAUCUGGCAUUUCGUGCGUUGAUGUUGAUGAAACUAUUGUUGGUUGUGUUCUCACUGCGUGCCAUGGUCAGAAUGUCGCUCGACAAAUUUCAAUUAAUGCUGGUAUUCCUGUCACUUGCUCUAGCGUAACUAUUAAUAAAGUAUGCUCAUCGAGUAUGAAAGCAGUCAUAAUGGGUGCUCAAGCAAUUCAACUAGGCUAUCGUGAUGUAGUUUUGGCGAUAGGUACCGAAAGCAUGAGUAAUGCUUACUAUGGGAUACCUCGUGGAGACGACAACAUGAGUACUCCGUCUGUAGAUAGUAUGUUUGAGGAUGGAUUAAACGAUGCUUUCACGAAAUUGAAAAUGGGAGCUUGUGCGGAAAAAACGUUUGAGAAGUAUUCAAUAAGUCGUGAAGAACAAGAUGAGUAUGCCUUGGAGAGUUAUAGAAGGGCUCAGAAUGCUUGGAAGGAAGGCUUGUUUAAUGAAGAGGUGAUAUCGGUGAAAUGUCCAGAUUCUAGUGAAUUAUUUCAAGAUGAAGAAUAUAAAAGGCUGGAUAUCUUAAAAGUACCGCUCUUAAAACCGGUGUUUGUGCCAGAUACUGGAACAGUAACAGCAGCAAACUCUAGUUCUAUUGCUGAUGGUGCAGCUGCAUUAUUAAUGACAAGUGGUACUUUCAUUUCUCAUCAUGAUUGUCGACCAAUGGCACAAGUGUUGGGUUACGCAGAAGCUGCAAUCGAACCCACAGAAUUUAGUCGUGCACCAUCUGUCGCCGUAAAAAAAUUACUGAGCAGCACUGGUCUAUUGAUAGAAGAAGUUUCAUUGUGGGAAGUAAAUGAGGCAUUUGCUGCUACGGUCAUUGUUUUUAUGCGUGAUAUGGGUCUGGACAGUAGUCGUAUUAAUGUUCGGGGUGGGUCUGUUGCGCUUGGUCAUCCCAUUGGUGCAUCAGGCUCACGAAUUCUUGUAACUCUUCUUCAUGCUCUAAAGGGUAAUCAGAUUGGUGUUGCCACGAUAUGCAACGGUGGUGGUGAAGCGGUCGCUGUUGCGGUAAAGCGGCUGUAG